AUGAAUGCCGCUCGAAGCAGAGGCUUCAGCUUCUCUUCAUUUUUGGUUGUCGACACAAACGGAAUUCAGAUGACACAGAGUGGGGAUCGAAGCUUUUCGGGUCACGGCAUUGGUGCUGCGAGACGUCGGACGAAAUCGAUACAUGCACGCAGGGCUAAUAGAAGAGACGAGCUGGAACCUGGCACUGAACAAACGGCGAGUCGAUUCCUCUGUUCUGCGCCCGGUAGCGGUUGCGCUCGGGACGCCACGGAGGAGUGCAUUGCUUUGCUGUGUGUCCGGUUGGAGGCACAAAAAAGAAGCAGCUGGAAGGGUGAAGUUCAAAACCAUCGGAUUCGGGUUACUGUGUGUAUAGACCGUUCAAGUCGCUGA